AUGAACACUUGGGAAUAUCCAAUGAAUCAAAUAAAUAAUACUGAUAGGCAGCAAGGAUAUGCAGCCCUGAUACAAAGUGUUGAUAACCCUUUAGAAGAGCCUAUUUUGCAUAUGAUGAAUCUUAUGACAAGACAACAAAGAAUUCAAUUCUAG